CAAGAUUUUUAUUUAUUUAUUUAUUUUUUGCAAGAAAGGAAAAGAGAAGGAAGAAGAUGUUAGUGCCAGUACUAAAUUUCUGGGACUGAAGAGAGAGGAAAAACAGGCACACAGAGCUGUGAUUCCAACACUCAAGACUCUUGUUUCGUCUCCUAAUUCGGUGCAGUGUUUCCUUGGUUUCCUCCUCCGGCCUCCCCCCCCCACCCUUGCUCACCACGUCAUUCAGAAGCCAGUGACGUAGGGUUCCCCCAAGCCCAUAGAAGCGGGGGGAGAGCUGGCUCUGGCAACCCUCUCCCUCCAUUGAUCUGAACAACUCUUCCCGCCCCGUUUUCCUUAAUAUGCCAGUGCCCACACUUCCAACAGCCUAUAAAAGAUGGAAAGCAGGCAUCUUCGACAGAUCCACAGGCAGGCAUCCGAGAGAGAGAGAGAGAAAGAGAGAAAGAAAGAGAGACGGAGGCGGCUGAGCUGCACGGAUCUUCUUCCCAGCCAAGAUGUACCGGUCUACGAAAGGAGCCUCCAAGGCACGGCGGGAUCAAAUCAACGCGGAGAUCCGGCAUCUCAAGGACCUGUUGCCCAUUGCCGAAGGAGAUAAACUUCGGCUCUCUUAUCUCCACAUCAUGUCACUGGCUUGCAUCUAUACGCGGAAAUCCAUCUUCUUCUCCAGAGGUGAGACUUUGGAGGGCCUUGAGGGCUUGCUUUCUUCCCUGGAUUUAGACGAUUUCAUGCAGACCCUUCCCGGUUUCCUUUUGGCGUUCACGGGUGAAGGCAAACUCAUCUAUGUGUCGGAAACCGUAACUGAGCACUUGGGACAUUCUAUGGUGGAUUUAGUGGCCCAAGGAGACAGCAUCUACGACAUUAUUGAUCCGGUAGAUCAUUUUGUGAUGAAGACUCAGUUGGCGUUGCCUUCUCCAUUAAAUACCGAACGCCUCUUCCGUUGUCACUUCAACACUUCCAAGACAAUCCGGCGUCAAAGCGCAGGAAAUAAGCUGGUUCUGAUUCGCGGACACUUCCACCAACCUCCUCCGGGUUCUUAUUGGUCCACCAAUCCUGUCUUCACGGCCUUCUGCACUCCUCUAGAUCCUAAGCCCAGAAUGGGUCAGAAUUCAUUCUUCCUGUCCGCUUUUGAGAGUCGCCACACAAAAGACCUGGCCAUCGUAGACAUCUCUGAAAGCGUGAUCUUCCACCUGGGCUUUGAGAAAAGCGAACUCUUCUGCAAAUCGUGGUACGGCUUGAUCCACCCUGAAGAUCUCAGUCACGCUUCGGCCCAGCAUUACCGACUGCUAGGUGACCAAAGCAACACGCAAACUGAAAUGGUGAUCCGGCUCCAAGCGAAAGAUGGCGUAAGCUGGAUCUGGAUCUACUCACUGCUUCGCUUGGAAACCGCGGAGAUCCCCAUCGUUUCUCACAACUACGUCAUCAGCGAUUCCGAAGCCUGGUGCCUGAAGCAACAAAUCUCCGCUGAAGGAUCCCAAGGCCCGUACGGGCUUGAAAGUACCACUACCUUCUUGGAAAGUCUCCUGUCUCCUGGACAACUGUCCAGCCCCGAUCAAGUCUUCACGCCCGUAGCCGGCACUCCCACCGCUACUCUUGUGGCCCCGACCUUCGAUUUCAGCACCGCCGGGGUCCCCGAAGGGCCCUCGGCGUUCGGCGAACCUCCGGAAGGCCUUCCCGAAGAGAUGAUGGAACCUGGGAAUAUCUCCUCUAUAGAGGACGCCCCGCCAGGUUCCUCCCUCAGCCUGCUGGUCAAAGAACCAGGUUUCGGAUACCUCGUCCUCCCGCAAGGAGGUUACGGACAGACGUUCGCAAGCGAGAAGCCCGGCGGCAAAUCUGCGUCCAAAGAUUUGCUCUGCACCCCUCCUUACACCCCUCACCAGAGUUCCGCUUUCCUCUUUGGAGCUCAAGAGCUUUACGGAGCCCACGGCGGAGGCGGUCCCGCGGCGUUGCCUCCGGGGACGGCGGCUUCCGGCGCCAACUCUCCCGCCGGCCUCACCGCCGUGACCGAGCUGUUCUACGCCCAAGAACCCUGCAAUGUUCUCUAUGAGAAACUUCCCCCGACGCCGGAUAGCCCCGGUAACGGGGGCUGCGUCGUCAUGAGCUUGCCGGAGAUCCGAGGUCCCCUCUACGUUGAUGUGCCUAUGGUACCCGAAGGGAUCUUGACUCCGGAAGCCUCACCCAUCAAGCAGACUUUCUUCCGGUAUUCCGAGAAGGAGAAGAACGAAAUCGAACUGCUGGCUCAGCAGAUCUGUAGCCUGGCCGAGACGUUCGGCUCCACCGCUUCCCAAGAACUCGCCGAGGACGGCCACGGGGCUCUCCGAGAGGUCCCACCGUGCCCCGGCCCUGAACUGUCUCCCGUGCCCGAACCUUGCCCGGAUUUCCAACUGCCCAAAACCUGGAGGAGCAUCGACUUCUCUCUCUUGACCUGCCUGGAGGACGACAAUGACCUCCUGGAAGAAAACGCCCUUGAGACCUUCCUACAAGACCUGUCUCCCUUUCUGUUCGAGAAAGGCGGGGCAGGGAUGAGGUGCCCUCGCCACCAGUUCUGCGGUGGCGACGUCAGUAGUCCAAUCGGCUUGGACACCGAAGAUAGUAGCCCAGGAGCCUUCGCUCCCUCGCCAAGGAUGGACUCGGCUCCACAACAGCCAUGUUUUUUGGAAGACCUGACCUCCUUCGAAACAGCCUUUGAGACACGUGCCUCAAACUCUCCCUGUGAUGGGUUAGAUGAGUUGUAUCAACUCCAGAGCCAAAGGCCGAAAGGCUUCCAAGAAGAUGGAAGCGAAAACGAUUCUUCAUUUUGAAAUAAGUCUGUGACUUACUUUCUCCACGUAUGGCAUAUUGUCAUAUCUUUAAGAAGCUACAUCCACCAAGAAUUCCCCCAACCCUCCAGAAGUAUCCUGCGGAUUUAAAAAACCCUGCACCCAACAGUUUCCGUUGGAGGGUUUUCGGCAGGAAAAAAACUUUUUUUUUAUUAAAAAAAAAAAAAGGAAAGAAAAGAAAAGAAAAGAAAAAAAAAAGAACAACCACAGAUCUUGAUUCUGAGAUUUCGGUGUGAGACUAGUUACUCAGAGCUAAGGAAAGGACUUGUUGUAAGUGGAUUCACACAUGUUAUCGUAUUCACUCGUAGUGAGUAAAACCUCUAUGUAAUUUACUAAGAAAUACCAGAGGCAACGGCUCCUUAAAUCACGAUUUAAUGCCAAGUUGGAGCAAAACCUUUGCACUGUUUGAGGAUUUUUUCCUCUUCCGGUCACUUAAUCUUUCGCCCCUGCUCCCUUGAGUAAAGAAUGUGUAGGUGGUACGAAUACCUACGAUAGUAAGGGCCAAUGGCUGGUGAUGCAAUAAUGGAUUUUAUUGCCUUGCUGUUCUUGCAUAGUAUAUUUCUGUUUGUACAGAAAGACUGCCGUUCAAAGUUUGGGGUACCUGUUUCCAAUUCCAAUUCCAAUUUUCUUUCUUUUUAAAUUCGCUUUGUGAUGGUUAUUUAAGUAUUAGCAGGUUCCUCUAAAUCAGAGGUAUAUAAUCUGAGCUCCUAAGGCUUCCUGUGGCUCCUAAAAGCCUUGGCAAUUCCUUGUUUUUUAAACACAACAGAGGAAAAAACAACACCACCUUAAGGCACUGGAAACAGUGCGAAGGGACCUGAAUUGGUUUCACAUGGCGGAUUUUGGAAAAAAAAAAAAAUCAUGCAGGAUGGGAGACCACCAGGAAAUUUUAGGGCCACAGACACAACCUGGGAAGUCAGUCAAACAUCCACUUCUGUAUUCUUGCCAAGAACAUUAUAUGGAUGUGGCCUUCUUCUGUUCACCCAGGCCUUAAAUCUGUCCCCAAGGAUUCUUUUACGGAUCUUUUGGGAUCUUUUGGGAUAAAAUCGAUCCGUCGAUCAUUUUCCCAAAUUCCCAAGUUUGUCAUUCAUGGUAGAAUAGAAUAACAGAGUUGGAAGGGACCUUUGGAGGUCUUCUAGUCCAACCCCUGCUUAAGGCAGGAAACCCUACACCACUUCAGACAAACGGUUAUCCAAUCCCUUCUUUAAAAAAAACUUCCAGUGUUAGAGCAUUGAACAACUUCUGGUGGCAAGUUGUUCCACUGAUGAGGAACACGAGGCCUCUUUCUUAACUAUAGCUUCCAACAAAAAUUCAGGGUUUUGGGGUUUUUUUGGGUUUGUUCGCUUGUUUCAAUUUCAUAUCAAAAAAAAAAAAUCUUCCCACUCCCCGUUUUGGUGUGACCAAAACAUUUCCUUUGACAGUGGAAUCUGCUGUGUACAUAACCACCAUGUGAGUUACUCAGAUUUUAUUUACUAAUCCUUUGGUCCCUCCGAGCAUAUCUUACGAAGGCCCGAACGCCCCUCGUUUUUGGUCCACGCCAAGGGGGAUCACUCCAUCACUUUUGGCUGGGGCCUGACCCUUGCCAAAAAAAAAAAAAAAAAUACCCAGCGGUAGAUGGCGGAGAUGAUAUUCUGAAAAUUGUCUCUUUCUUCGGUGCGUUUUGUUGUUCUGUAAACAGCGCUACACGAGAAACGGGGAAAAACAUUUGCGAGAACCGUGGUCCAGGAUAAAUACUGAUGUUUCUAUUCUGCUGCGUUCUAGAUGUACAUGUUUAAAAAUUUAAUUUUGAAUAAUAUGGCUUGCGACAAGCUUCGGAAACGUUUCCCAGCUUCCUCUCCGGAGCAGAAAUUGGAGGCUUUGGGGUCUCAAAACUUUCUGCUUUCAUUUCCCACAACUCCGCAAAAGCCCCCACUACCUUACUCUUCCCUUAAUUGUCGCGUUCCGAUUGUGACAUCCUUCUCAGUAUUACGCUGCCAUCGGUAAAGAGUUUUCUACGAGGGUCGCCUUCUCUGAAUGUCGUGUCCAAAAAUGGGACUUGUUGUUGUAAACAAGGCUGCGCAGGGGGAAAAAAAAAAACGACAACCCCACAACGCAACUGGACGGAGUUGGCUUGCCUCUUUUGUACGAACCGAAACAGUACAACGCCUGUAAAUUGUAUUUUUUUAUAAAAAGUGGCCUGCUCUUGUGUGUGGUAUUAUUGAAAACCUUGACGCCUUUUUGCCGAGUCUGGAUGUGAGCUUUUUUUGCAAUAAAAGAAAACACAACAUGGAGAAGCA